AUGAACAGCUACAAUCAGAGAAUGCCUAUGGCAGCUCAGUAUGGUGGCAAUGGUGGCCAAGGUGCUCUCAAUAACCUUGUCAACUUGAGAUCGGCACUUCCCUCUCCUAUUGGACCCACUUAUCCAGCAUCUGCCAGUCGUGUCGAUCAGAAUAAUCCAGUCAUGGUACUUCCAUCUGGCCAGACAGUGCCAAUCUCUGCCUUCCUUCCACCAGCUCAGCAUGGCACAGACCAAGCCACAUAUUCUGCCAAUGGACUUUACAGUGGCUACCUCCACAGCGGCAACAUGCAACAAAACAAUCUGGCACAUUACAACAGUGGUAUUGCUUUCCAGCCAGCUAUGCCUGAAUUUGAUCCUGCACAACGUGCAAUCUGGGCCAAGAAUGACGAGAAUGUCGGCUAUAGCCAGACCAAUGGUGCAGUUGGCACAGAAUUUUACCCUGGCUAUCCAUACCAAUCUGCAGUCGACAAUCAGACCUACAUUGCUGGACCUAUUCAACCUAUGAAGACCAAAGACAACAAAGGCUAUGAGAUGGUGAAUCUCGAUGAGCUUGUCAGCAGAGACCCUGUCAUACCCAGAGCUGUUCCUGCUCUCUGGACCAACCAAGAAGAGCUCACUCUUGCCAAAUGUCUUCAAAAUCCGGAAGGCAUCACGAACGUCUACAUUCGUGGCUUCAUGCCUGAUACCACUGAUGAAGACCUGCACCAAUGGGCUUCUCGAUUUGGUGAAAUUGAGUCGUGCAAGGCCAUCAUCGAACAGGACACCGGCAAGUGCAAAGGAUUCGGCUUCGUCAUGUACUACUCACCAGCAGCCGCUGAGAACUGCAUUCGAGGCUUCUUCCAUCUAGGCUUCCAGGCCAGCUACGCCCAGAAAUCCCGGAAUGCACGAUUGAAGGAUCUCGAGGACAAAGCAUCAACCAAUAUCUACUGCACCGGUGUACCAAUUGACUGGAAUGAAGCUGAUUUGGCCAAGCACUUCCUGCCUUAUCGAGCCAUUUCAACCAAGAUUUGUCGAGAUACACCUUCUGGUGUCAGCAAAGAGGUCGGCUUCGCUCGCUUUGACACACGCGAGAUUGCUGAGCAUGUCGUCAGAGACUUCCACAGCGUUCUGUGUGAACACGAUGGCGUCAAGCUCUUCCUUCGAUUCGCAGACACCAAGGCUCAGAAACAGCUCAAGCUUCAAAGCCAAGAAAGACGUACAUGGCGCAGUCGGGAAUACAGCUAUUCCGUUGAACACACUCCAUCACCAACCUUGACUCGUUUCCAAAAUGUUGGUGACGGUGUCAGUCCUGGCAGCUACCAGUCUCCUGCUGGCGGCAAUCACAACUUCACUCCUGACACGUCAGUCUCACCUCCUGAAGCUCAGAUUGGCAAGCCAACUAUCAGUGUUACCACUACUCGAACUGCUGCUUGGCCCAUGCAAGGCGGCUUGCAAUCUAUCACCAACACCGCCGGCUCUCGAGUUCAGACAGUGGCCUUGCCGCCGACUCAGACUACAGUUUCCAUCAAGACCGAAACCAACAUGCCCCUCCAUGACGCUCGACAAACCAAGACACCAAGUCCCAAGAAGGCUAUCGCUGCUCCAGGCAAGGAGAAUGUCAGCACAAUCACUCCUGAAAGAGUUGAGUGA